AUGGCUUCAAGGCGUGUUUUGAUCUUGGACGAUUGUCAAAUAGAAUCGAUCAUCGAAGAACAUUCCUGGUCAGAUUUAAUCGAUGAUAAUGAUGAUAUUGAACUAUACAUUUUAACAAGCACCGGUGCAUUAUCCGAAAAGGAUAAGUCCUGUCCACGUGUUCGUGCUUAUAAAGAAAUCGAUCAUCCAACAACUGAUGGAACACUCGAAUUAUGGUCGUAUGAAAUGCACAAAAAGCAUUCAUUUACACAUGUUUAUACCAAAAAUGAAGAUUUGAUUAUGCGUGUAGCGCAUGUUCGUUCGCUGCUGAACAUUGAAACAGGUUUAACAUCUGAGACGAUAGCAGCUUAUCGGGAAAAAGUUGAAAUGAAACAAACAGCAUCUCGAGGUGGUUUUCCCGUUCCACCGUUUGCUCGUCUGUAUGCGCCAGCUGAUCUAAUAGCUUUCAUCGAAAAGCAAGGAUACCCUGUCGUCGUUAAACCGACCCUUGGUUGUGCAACAUCAGGUCUAACAUUAAUCAAAACACCUGCCGAGUUAGAAAAGUUUCUUUCUGAAAAAUUAUUUACAUGUAUCGACACUGAUCAACGAAUGGAUCUGGUUGGCGAAUUUAUGGUCGAAGGAUACAUGAAAGGACAUAUGUUUCAUGUUGAUGGCAUUGCAAAAGAUGGAAAAAUUAUUCAUGCAUGGCCAUUUAGUUACCUUCAUACAUGUUUAGGAUUCUCUCAAGAAGGUACAGCUUAUGGUAAUUCAUCCAUUCCGAAGUCGCAUCCACUUCAUGAUCGUCUAUAUAAAACUGCUCAACGUUUACUCGAUAUUCUACCGUCUCCCAACGGUGGACUCGUAUUUCAUCUGGAACUCUAUGAAAAUCUUAAUGAAAACCGUUUACCGGACGAUGAUUUCGUGCUUUGUGAAAUUGCCGCACGUGCACCUGGUGCUUCUAUUACUCACCUCAUUGAUUUGCUAUCAUUUUCCGACGGUGAUUCUAAACAAUCAUUUGCUCGAUUAGACUUCCGUAUCAGUGUCUCAUUGCCCAUCUCUAAGAUAACUGAACCACCCGCCGACAAAGUUGUCACCGAUCUUAUCAUACCGCGCAAACCCGGUAAACUUAUGUAUAUACCACGCGAAUGUCCAAUCGAUGAUCUUCAGUAUAUACCCAAAGCCAAUGUGGACAAACCGACAGUUUAUGAAAAAUACGAUGUGAACGGUAUGAAUGCAGCUUGCCGAUUUAUCGCCCGAACAAAAACGAUGGAAGAGGGACAAGAAUUAGUGGAAAAAGGUUUUGAAUGGUUCGACAGUGUGCUGAUAAAUACACCAUUGGACGAGCCAUGUACAGUGUCGUUAAUCAAAGAACUACAUCGCUAUUUUCAUAGGAAAAUUUUUGUUUAA